AAGCAUCACAGCAUACAUAGAUAUACUUACCCUUUUUUACUCACCUGUUGCCCUGCUUCAUUCAAGAUGCCUGCAGCCGGCCCCAUGGACGACCAAUGGGUCUCCUUCCACAUCCGGGACCACCUGGACAAGGGCGAGAUCUCCGUCCGUCACACCGUCAUCGAAGGUGGUGAAUUCCACGACCCCAAUAACCGCAGACAGUCCCUCACCGAGGACGAGAUUGAUGAAAUCACCAUCCCCUCGUACGGCAUCGGUGAGAUCUGUGCUCGCGGUCGCCGCGGCAGUGAGGGCCGGCUGGACCUCUUCCACGACGAGGAAAAGAUCUGCGAAUUGCACUGGGAUAAUCGCCAGGGCAAUCGCGUGAACAUCGUCGAGAUGCUGGACAGUAAUAACAAGUAUCGUGUCGAACAUGGGGGAUGGAGCCCAGAGGCUGGACCUCUGGGCCACGUCUACAUUGACAUCUUGGAGCAGCAGAAGAAGAAGAAUAGCAAAUAACGGCGUUUGGGAUUUUGGAGUUAUCCGGCGAGGUCCGGAUGCAGCAGUGCUGCAAGGGAGGGCGUUAGCAUAUUUUGUUUGUCUCUGAACUCGAUUGAUUGUGUCGAAUGUUGUAUAGGAGCUGGAAAUCACAUCAUACUCAAUAGUCAAUGCGAAGUGAAUACUCUUAUUUCAAACCAUCGUGGAAGAACCAAAUGAAGUGGUGCUUGGAAUAAAGGUGGUGAAUUCGGGCGAAUCAUAUUACCAAUUCUAUGGUGCAUGUGUGUUGUGGCACGGGGAUUGCAAUUCUUCGUGGUGAUUGCGGAUAGCCAGCAGGUGACCCAACGGGUUCAACCCCACAGCUAGUGUUUAUAGGCACUAGAAUUCAUCUGGAAUAAAUUGAUGCAGCCGCAACUUGGAUAAUUCCUGACAAG